UCAGGGCGCUGACAUUGAGGCCAGCAGUGUUGCCAUAGCCCGACCAAUGUCGGUCGACGCGCCUGAGUGGAUCAAUGAAAACAGCACACAUUGAGCCAUAGGGGAGGUGUCAUUCUCUCGUAGCGGUUCGUUCCUCACCUGUGAUCCACACAAGCCGCCCCUCAAAGGUCUCGUGGCUCCUUGCCAUCGCUGUGCGAAGGUCGGAGUCCAAGAAGAGCAUCAUCAGGCCCCGGAUGACCACCGCCAGCAGCCACAGCCCAGCUGCACGUCGCGGCCGAGCCACAGGGUGUCGUAGAAGUGACGGAUCACACAU